CCCUGGCCCCGGCCGGCACUUUCCUCCCAAGUUGCCGCGCAAGUUCGCCACUGGCCGGCGGCGGCAGGAGCGCACGGACCUUCCCUCGCCCUCGGCCGGCCGGGGCUCCCCCGACUGCAUGGGCGCGGGCCGGACGGGCCCUGGGGGCUGAGCGGCCGCGCCGCCUCCGCGCCCCGCGCCAUGGAGGGCGCCGAGCCCCGCGCGCGGCCCGAGCGCCUGGCCGAGGCCGACGCGCGGGCGGCCGACGGCGGGCGCUUGGUGGAGGUGCAGCUGAGCGGCGGCGCCCCAUGGGGCUUCACCCUGAAGGGCGGCCGCGAGCACGGCGAACCGCUGGUCAUCACCAAGAUUGAAGAAGGAAGUAAAGCUGCGGCAGUGGACAAGUUACUGGCCGGGGACGAGAUCGUCGGCAUCAACGACAUUGGUCUCUCAGGGUUUAGACAGGAGGCGAUUUGCCUGGUGAAGGGCUCUCAUAAAACCCUGAAGCUGGUAGUGAAAAGUAGAGGAACAUCUUUAAGGAUAUCAGAAUCAUCGGAAUUCUGUUCCAAGCAAAGCAUCUAUGCCACAGAGAACUGGCCAGUGGAGGGACAGGGAGGAGAUGCAGGGCGCCUGCUAGCUGACGGAGGUGACGAGUUAUCUAAAAGACCCCUGGGGAGAAGGAAGAGACUUUUGCCCCGAAGGAUUGAUGGGAGCCACUGUGUAGAACUCCACUUUUGCAUUCUGAAGAAUGAGCUGAGCUGGAGGCCUCACUCCUGGCAUGCCACCAAGUUUUCUGAUAGCCACCCCGACACAUCAGCAUCUCCGUUCCCCUCUGCCAGCUCCUGUCCUUCCUGGCAUGGCCGUCACCACCCCAGUUCUUCCUCCCAUGACCUGUCUGGCACGUGGGAGCACACGAAUCUGCAGCGUACCUCUGACCACUUUAGUUCCCUGGGGAGCGUCGACAGCCUGGACCACCCCUCCCAGCCCUACCCCUCCGGACGCCUCUCCGCCGCCAGGUCCAAUGGCAGCAUCGACCACCUGGGCGGCCCGAGCAAGCGGGACUCAGCUUACGGCUCAUUCUCCACCAGCUCCAGCACGCCCGACCACACCUUGCCCAAGGCUGAUGCGUCCUCUGCGGAGAACAUCCUCUACAACGUGGGCCUGGGGGAGGCCUCCAGGCCAGGCGGCCGGCAAGGCCAGGCUGUCAGUGACCCCCAGGGCCUGGAGGACAGGCUCGGGUACUUCCCACCCCGGGUCCCCCGUGACGGCAGCAGAAGCCCCAGGCCAGAGGACAGUCCUGAGACCAAGCUGGCCACCCCUGGAAAAUCAAAUUUGGGACCGGUUUGGUAUGUCCCCGAUAAGAGAAAAGCACCUUCCUCCCCUCCUCCACCGCCUCCCCCUCUCCGCAGUGACAGCUUCGCUGCCACCAAGAGCCACGAGAAGGCCCAGGGCCCUCCACUCUCAGACACCGCCAGUGUGCAGCACUUUCCAGGCCCACCCUGGGCCCAGCCCCGCAGUGACUGGAGACCAGAGCCCGCCAGUCAGCAGUGGAGGCCGGCACGGCCCGGCAAUGGGAAGAGAGUCGGGAGCUCGGGCCCUGCACCCCACAUCCCCCUGGACGGUGGGGUGCCGACCCCUGACCACAGGCCGGGCGGCUUCCCAGGGGCCCCCGGCCGGCUUCAGGCCUCCCUGUCCAGCACGGACGUGCGUUUCCCUCAGGCCUCCUGUGGCUGCCAGCACCCGCGCCAGUACAGUGAUGAGAGUCCGUUCUGUCACGACGGCCCCAGGGCCGCCUCGUCGCUGAGGGAGCAGCACUGUGUGGCCGUCCCUGGCGGCCGCCAGGAGCCUUCUGCCCACCGUGUCCAGGACGACGGCCCCACUCGGCUCAGGUGGCCCGGUGCCACUGAGCAGAAGGGCAACAGCGGUGGGCAGAGCCGCUACUACUGUGUGACCAGCAGACAGUGCCCGCAGGCAAGCGCCCAGGCGGGACAGCCCCAUGAGGAAUAUUGGCAGUCUGACAGGGCCGCAGAAGCCCACGAACUCCCCAGUGAGCACCCGAUGGGCCACGGGCCCUGGGGUCACAUCCAGCACGAGGAGGAGGCCCCGGACACCCGUGAGAGCGACCAGGCAGCCAAGGGCCACCCCGUGGGAAGCGAGGAGCCACAGACAGCCGCCCACGGGACAGGAGCCGCGGGGAAGGAAGCCGCCGACGGCUUCCUGUGGGCCGCGGGAGAAGGCGGCAAGAUCUCCCCUCGGAAGACGCCUAUGCUGCACUCGCUGGCCCGGGAGGGGGCGCGCCCGCCCGACGACGGCCCGGGAGCUGGUGCCGAAAGGCCGCCCCCGUUCGAUGGCCAGGUGGGCAGAGCCACCCGGAGAAGCGACCGCUUCGCCACCACCCUGAGGAACGAGGUCCAGAUGCGCCGAGCCAACCUGCAGAAGAGCAGAAGCACGGUGGCGCUGGCUGGGGUCGACGAGGCAGCUCGGGAGGCCGGCGGCUGGCAGGUGGAGCCGGGAGGCGUCCCCGGCGCCUCCCCAGAAGGUUCCUUCCGGGGCACCUAUAAAGACCACCUGAAGGAGGCCCAAGCCCGGGUCCUGAGGGCCACGUCCUUUAAGCGCCGUGACUUGGAGCCCAGCCUGGCCGAUCGUCCUGCGGGGUCAGCAGAGCCGCAGACUGAGGAGCACAGCACACACCUGGAUGCCGCCCCCCACUUCUGGGAGGGGGGCCUGCCCAAGCCGUCCCCGUCUGGAGGGGGCCUGCCGCACGUUCCCCGCAUUGGGGGCCGGAAACGGUUCACGGUGCAACAGAAGCUGAAAUCGUACUCCGAACCCGAGAAAAUGAACGAGGUGGGGCUCGCAGGGCCCGAUCGCCCCCACCGGCACCCCGGUGCGUCCGAGGACACCAUGGGCACAUUCGCCGACAGGUGCAAGUUUUUUGAGGAAAGCAGCAGACCCAUUCACCAGAGACCUGGGCAGAGGCAAGCGCUCUGUGGAUUCCUGAAGGAGAAGCUGGAGAGGCCGCGGACAGCGGGCCACGGGUACGAGGGUGCAGAGCCUUGGUUCCAGAACAGGGCCCACACGACCUCCCUUGGAGAGAACCCCAGCAGUCAUGGAAAAACGGUGAACAUGGGAAAACCAGAACCGCCUCAGAGACUUGGAACCUUUGCUGAGUAUCAAGCCUCUUGGAGGGAACAGAGAAACGCUCUAGAAGCCAGGAGUUCUGGGCGGUAUCACUCAGCGGAUGACAUCUUGGACGCAGGUCUGGAUCAACACGAGAGGCCACAGUACGUUCAUGGAAGGUCCCGUUCCUCACCAUCCACAGACCCCUACAAACAGGAAGCUGCCAUCGAACCACAACAGCAAGUGGGGGACGCUGGUGAGCACAGGCAACUUUCUGCCACCGUCCGGGCCGAGGAGGGACGCCCUAAUCCGAGACAAGCAGAUGUCCGACGGCCGGCAAGCGGUGCAGCAGGACAGCAGGACUCCCGGACGCCGGCCCAGCUCGGUCAGCCGUCUCCCGCCUGGGGGGCUCCGGAGGUGCCUCCGGAGGCCCGCGGCCGAGCGGGGACCCUCCCUCGAGACUACAGAUCCUCGGAGGGCGUGCCCUCAGCCCCGCACACCCGCGGGCAGGAGCCCAGGCCCUUGAGCGCCGCGCCCGUCCCCAAGCAGCCAGCCCCGCGGAGGCCGCCACCGCCACUGCCGCCCAAGCGUGAGCCCGGGCAGUUGGGGGGCCUGGCCGGCGGCACCCCCAGCGGGCCCCAGCCAUCCCCCGAGGCCCCGGACGUGUGCGCCCCCCGCCCGGCCCUCGGCCAAAGGCCCGAAGACGGCGAGCGCACGGGGCAGCAUGUAGACGGGCACCCGGCCGGGCCUGAGCACCAAGCCCCGCUCCCUUCCUCGCUGCUGGCCCCGCGCCCGGCCGCCAUGGAGACUUCUCGCUCCCCUUCGCCCCAGUUCGCCCCGCAGAAGCUCACGGACAGACCUCCCCUGCUGGUCCAGGACGAGAGUUCCACCAGAAUCGAGCGGGUGAUUGACAACAAUACCACUGUGAAGAUGGUGCCCGUCAAGAUUGUGCACUCGGAGAGCCGGCCUGAGAAGGAGAGCCGCCAGGGCCUGGCCCGCGCCACCGAGCCGCCCACACUGCCCAGCGGGCUGGAGAGAGACCACACCAAGACCCUCAGCGCCUCGGAGCACUACUACUCCCGCUUCUGCGUGUACAGCCGCCAGGGCGCCGAGCCCCAGCCCCAGCCCCCCGAAGCCCCCGCGCCCGCUGCCAAGGACAGCGGGGCCCCUCCGUCCGGGUUCAGCUACAUGAAGACCAAGGAGAGGACAGCCGAAGACCUGAAGUCAGAAGAGCUGGCCCGGGAGAUCGUGGGCAAGGAGAAGUCUCUGGCCGACAUCCUGGACCCCAGCGUGAAGAUCAGAACCACCAUGGACCUGAUGGAGGGGAUCUUCCCCAAAGACGAGCACCUGCGGGAAGAAGCCCAGCAGCGGAGGAAGCUGCUCCCCAAAGUCCCCUCUCCUGGGACCACGGACGAGAAGAGAGAGGAGCCGAGCGUGCCGGCGGCCAUGUCCCUGGCCACCAGCUCCACGUACUACAGCACUUCGGUCCCCAAGGCGGAGCUGCUGAUCAAGAUGAAGGAUCUGCAGGAGCAGCAGGAGCCCGAGGAGGAUUCGGGGAGCGACUUGGACCACGACCUGUCGGUGAAGAAGCAGGAGCUCAUCGAGAGCAUCAGUCGCAAGCUGCAAGUGCUUCGGGAAGCCCGGGAGAGCCUGCUGGAGGACAUCCGUGCCAACAGCGCACUGGGGGACGAGGUGGACGCCAUCGCCAAAGACGUGUGCAAACCCAACGAGUUUGACAAGUUCCGCAUGUUCAUCGGGGACCUGGACAAAGUGGUGAACCUUCUGCUGUCGCUGUCGGGCCGUCUGGCGCGGGUAGAAAACGCCCUCAAUAAUUUGGAUGACACUACUUCUCCUGGUGAUCGGCAAUCGCUGCUCGAGAAGCAGCGGGUCCUCAUCCAGCAGCACGAGGACGCCAAGGAACUGAAGGAGAACCUGGACCGCCGGGAGCGGAUCGUGUUCGACAUCCUGGCCAGCUACCUCAGCGAGGAGAGCCUGGCCGACUGCGAGCACUUCGUGAAGAUGAAGUCCGCCCUCAUCAUCGAGCAGCGCGAGCUGGAAGACAAGAUACACCUGGGCGAGGAGCAGCUCAAGUGUCUGUUCGACAGCCUGCAGCCAGAAAGAGGCAAAUAGGAGGGCCCUCCCUGGCGGAGGCCGGAAAGUGCCCCUCUGAGCUCAGUUCCGGAGGAUGCACGCGGAGACCCCAGCCGGUAUUUAUGUCCUGCAGCCCGAGUCGUCCCCUAGCGGGACGGCUGCUUUAGAGAAGCAAUAACUUCCGUGUGUGUUUGUGAUGAUCUAUUUAAUGUGUUUUAGCUUCCCCGUUGAACGCUGAGCAGAACAUCUCACCAUUAGCCAUUUUGCUUUGCCGGUUACCACACGUGGCCCAGCCUCCGGAGGGUGGCGGGUUCCCGCAGUAUAGACUGUGUAGUGCAUGCAAGUGGUCCUUCUCACUGGUAGGUGUGCCCUUCCUCCCGUCUUCACAUCCUGAACCAACCGCCCAGGAAGCAGCCUGAGUGAGUCUUGAAGGCGCAUGAGCGGGGAACCCCUGGCUCCCGUCUUGCCCUGCGAUUCCUUACCCUGGGAAGCGUGGGCUGCCCCGUCGUACCCCAUUCGUCCGAUGGUGUGGACCCUUCCUCGUCCUUCAUUCAUUGUCUCCCAGCAAAACCAUGAUGAUAUGAUGACAAGUUACUAACCUUCUGGAAAGGGGAAUGGUUUCCCAGUGGUUAAAAACCCACUGUGAAAUGAACACCUCAUGUGUUGGCUUCAUGCAUCCUGAAAUCGCCACAGAAAGAAUCGUGUGCAUGCUUUAAAACACGCGCACAGCACAAGGAGCUUCAGUCCUGACGUCACGGUUCACGUGAUCUUUUCCUGCAAAGUGAAAGUCCUCGGUCAGUAGUGUGUCCAGUAGGAGUGAUGUGCUCGCUAGAUACUUGUUUCAUGAGACCAACAGCAUAUUUCUGAAAUUACCUUCUGUCUGUAACACUUACUUUGUGUGCGUAUGGUUGUUAGUGACAAUUGGCUACGUUUCUGUUUUUGCCUCUUUAAAUCUAUUGCCAUGCUGUAAGGGUUACUUUCCAUUUACCUGUAAGAACCUUUCCUCUCUGCGCUUUCAGAGGCCCCAUAGAGUAUUACAACUCCCAAACCCGAUCUUUUUCUGCCACAGUUUAUAGAUUCUGUCCCCUGUUUAUUAGCUGAAACCGCAAGUUUCUCAAGAGAGUCUGCUCACUAAGAAGACACUGUCAUGCUGUCAGUUUCCAGUGGACAAGUCACAGACUGGGAGGAAAGAUGUGCUAAUCAUGUCUAUGACAAAGGAUCUAGAACGUGUGAAGAACUUUCAGAAGCAAGAGAACAAACAGCUGGUUAGUACAUGGGCAAGAAACAUAACUCGGUGCUUCAGCACAGAGGCCGUGUGCACGGGCAAUAAAAUAAGCACGUGGAAAGACAUUCAACCGCCAUCGGCUCGGUUGUAACUUCCGUUUAAUCUACGCCGAUGUAGAGCUUCUUCACAGAUGCUCACCUGAUUAAACGCGUGGUAAAUGGCAGGACAGCCCCUUGGACGACAUCUUGUUGAAGUGAUGAUGAUCGGACAUUUGUUUGAUCGAGGGAUCGUUUGGGUCCUCGUUUCCCCUAUUCCCAUGAAAGCUUUCCGACAGGUGGGGACACGUCCCUUUGUCCGCGGCGACGGUUGCCUUCCCAGAACACACGUGCACACAAACGUCUUAACAGACCGCUGUCUGUACUCGAUGAGCCAGAGGUGGGGAGCUGGACCCCUGAGCCACGGCACUAACGUCUCUGCACCCCACGGGGGUCCCAAAGUGGCAAGCUUCAGUAACGCACGCAAUAAACCCUCUUUUUGGCAAUCCACUCAUGCCAGAAAGCUCUAUGCCUUUUCAGAAGUUUCCAGUCCUAUUGAAUUAAGCGAUUUCUGACUUGAAAAAAAAUCCCCAUCCUGCCAAUGACGUGUCCUCCUUUCCUCCUGCUGUAGUCCCUUCCUGUGAAAACUGGCCACUUCAGAGAAGGUGAAGUUGGCUGUCCACGGACCUCUGUCAUUCUUCCUCAGGGGGACAAACACAGUAAUUUCAGCGUGUUUUGCUUUUAAUUUAGACAAAGCGUUUAUCUGUGAUUCUUUCCCCUCAAAUACAGUAUUGUGAAUCAUUCUGAUGAUAUAUAUGUAAAAUGUGAGUAACAGGAGGUGUGUGUGUCUCUAUCCAGCCUUUUAGGUCUUUUGACGACCUUCUCUUACACACAGCAAUAUACAGUGCUCUGUCCCCCUUGCCGCGAAGCACAUGGGGUCACUGUCCUGUAUCUUCCCCUGUUUGCCUCUUCAGCGUCUAGUCAGCAGGGACCCAAAGAUUCCAGUGAGUCGAUGUACAUAUCUUUGUACAUAGCUAUGUUAUUGCAUACAACAACAAUCUGGUGCUAAUGUUUUGCCCUUGGCAUUCUUAGGUGGCGGCUGAUUCCUCCCCCUCUGUCGUAGCACAGCUGUGGAAUGCUCUGUAUGGCGAGAUUUCAGUCAGGGGUAUGGCCUGUGGCUUUUAUCCUGCAGUCCAGUGUGGAAAAUGUGUACGUACUUCAUGCUCGACCCUUACCACUUAGCUCUCAUCGUAUCGUCCUGCUUGACUUUUAACAGAAUAAAUGUGUCUUUGAGUGAAUGGAGCAUGUCUUUGACUUACCUAUGUUCUAUCUUUUUUUCUUUUUUUUUUUUUUUAAUCAAACUGUCCUCACCAUAGGUCAAAUUCUUAAGCCACUGCUAAAUUGUGGGAUGGAUUCUCUACAUGUGUGUAACUUUAGGCCAGCCUAGCUAAAGCUGAUCAGUUUACAGGCAGGCAAAAGUCAGGGGACACAGGUUGUAUCAGUUAGCCGUGGCCAUAGUUAUGCUGUGUAACAAGCAACUGUGAGAUCUCGGUGUGCAGUACGGUAUCUCUUUAGCUCACGCAUGCGGCGAUCAUGGUACUCUGCUCCGUGUGUCUCUCGUGUUUCUCCUGGAACUGGCAGCCUGGCCUGGGGGAGUCAGUGGCGGAUGCAUGAGAGAACCGACCCGGGCACAAAGGUGUUUUUCCACAUACCGGAUUAUAUCACACCGCUAACCUUCCCUUGCCAAAGCAAGCCACACAGCUGAACUCAGAGAGGUGGUGGGAUGUGCCCCACCUCUUCGGUGGGAGGAGCCGUGUCAUCACGUGGCAGAGUGUGGACACCAGGUGUGAAGAAUUCGGGCCACUGAUGAGCUGCAUCUCCCACACCGGCAUCUGCUAUGAUGGGGUAGCACUCAAGCGUCCUGGACCCAGAAGCCACAUCCCCAGGGCGAGGCCACCUCUGCCGCUCCCUAGUCGUAUGGCCGUGACCAAGGUACUCGGGCUCUCCGAGUUUCGUCCUGUGUCACUGGAGAAGGCCUGGGGAGCUCAAGCAAGCACAUGUUGUUCUUGUGCUUAGAGGCCACACUAGGCCUGGAAAAAAGUGCUACGGAGGUGUCUACUCUUGUGUGUGCAUCAUUCCCUCUGGUCUUGGAGGGACAGGCCUUCCCUGAACGAUCUGCCAGAGCCGCGCAGGAGACGGGGAUUUCUGUUGCAUGGGAGGAUGAGAAAGGGUUCUGGUCUGGAGCAGGUUUGCGAGGCGUCAAGGCUGGAUGGGAGCGGAGAGAGUCUCUUUAAUAAAAAUUAUUCAACGGGCGCCUGGGUGGCUCUGUCGGUUAAGCGUCCGACUUUGGCUCAGGUCACCAUCUUGCAGUUCAUGAGUUUGAGGCCCGCGUGGGGCACCGUGCUGACAUCUCAGAGCCUGCUUCAGACCCUCUGUCUACCCCCCCCUCCCCGCUCUGCCUAUCCCCUGCUCUAUCGCAAAAAUAAACAUUAAAGAAACAAAUUUCAUAAGUAAAAAUUAUUCAAAAUUAGAGUGGAUAUUUACUGAGAAUGAAAAACUCACAAGUCAGAUUUUUUUUUCAGUGGAUGAAUACCACACAUUUUGUUUUUAUUUCUGGCUUCUGCCAGGUGACUUCAGCGUGUCUCAUUUGAGUUCUGGAAUGGUCAAGAGAUUACUAACUGGGGGAGUUCAAAUGCAGUCUGAGAGUGCUGCUGUGGUGCUAGGCUGGGCAGUUCUGCGAUCUGUGUGCCAUGUUCCAUGACCCACUGAUGACAGCGUGCAGGGUUGCGUCCCUGAGAGCUUGUGUGCUCGGGCUGGUGAACCACAUUGGUGACAGCUUGGUCUUUGGUGUGGGCCCAUCAGACUUGUGCGGGAUGAGCUGCAUUGGGUACCCUGAGACAGCCUGGGUAUGGGGACACCAGACACUCGCUCCAUUUUCAGACCUGUCUGCUGGGACCGCUGCAGGUCUGUACCUACAAGCACAGACAUUCUGAGAGCCUGGGUUGUGCACUUCCCGUUAAGAGAAGAAAAGCAAUGCACGGUGUGUUUAUCGUUCGUGUGUGCUACAUCUUGAGUCCCGGUGACCCACAUAAACAUCCCAGUCAACCCAAGCUGCAUAGUGCAGCCUCUCCUCGUUCUCCUCCAGGUCCCCCGGAGGCUUGUGGCCAUUCCGGCACCUCCUGACACAGGCAGGCGGAGAGGAAUGACAUGGUAGACCUAACAGAACGUGAUGACGAUGUCUUUGGCAAAUUUCACGAAAGCAUAGGGCUGUGCUAGAUAAACCAGGUGAUCAGAUUCAAAGACGAGGCCUACCGGAUGGCAUGAUCCGUCCCGGCGAGGACCACGUGGAGGUGUAUUCAGGGCUGUCAGUCGUAGCUCACUAAACCCUCAGCCCCCAGAGCACAAGGCAGGGUUUUGUGUAUGUCUGUGCUUCUCUGCUGGGUGCCUGGUAUGAGUAGGCGCUUAAUUUAUACACAGGUAUUGAAUGGGCAAAGAAAUAAAACCGGUUACACAGUA